AUGGGCUCUACAAUUGUCCCGAUUCCUGUUACCAUCGUCACGGGCUUCUUGGGCUCUGGCAAGACGACCCUCAUUCUCAACCUCAUCCCUCAACUCCGAGCCCAGAAUCCCUCAUACAAACUCGCCCUGCUAAAGAAUGAGUUCGGCGACCUCGCGGUAGACUCCCAGCUGGCCUCCAGCUCAGCCAUCUCCGGCGUCCAAGAAUUGCUCAACGGAUGCAUUUGCUGCAAUCUCGUAGGCCAGCUCGGCCCCGCGCUUGCAGAACUCGAAAAGACUGUCGCACCGGAUCGCAUCAUCAUCGAGACGAGCGGAUCUGCGUUUCCGGCGACUCUAGCGCUCGAGGUUAACCGAAUUGCGAGAGAUACGGGCAAAUAUGUCCUUGAUGGCGUCAUCAGCGUCAUUGACGUGGAGAAUUGGAAGGGGUACGAGGACACGAGUUAUACGGCCAAGAUUCAGGCGCGAUAUACCGACUUGAUUGUGUUUAACAAGUGGGAGACUGCGGGCGAGGACCGAUACGAUUACUGCUUGGAUAGAGUGGGCGACUUGGAUGUGGACGUGGCCCGUGUCAAGAGCGACAAAGGACUGGUUGAUAUCGGCGUGGUGUUUGGUGUUGAUGGUGGCCUGGCUAGGGAGUUGACGGAAGUGGAAGUCAACGGAGAGCACAAUCACGAUCACGAUGCGAACGGCGAUGGCCAUAAACACAACCACAGCCACAGCCACCAAAGCGAGGUCGAAGUGCUCUCGGUAGAGCUCAAAGGCGACAGCGGUGCUGCCGUCUCCACAGAGAAGCUGCUCGGGUUUCUCAAAUCAGCUCCCAAGGAUGAGGCCUACCGCAUCAAGUCCGUCCUCACUCUCUCAUCCACACCCAAGAACUCCGACCCAGACGUACCGCAGCCUGAAGCCCACCCCCGUGGCCGGUACAUCUUGAACUGGGCUUUUGGUCGAUGGACGUUUACGCCUCUAGCUGAGAGCGCCGAGGAGCAUUCUUCGAGCAACGGUGUUGUGCUACGGUUAACGAUGAUCUUGGCACGAUACGAGAGUAAUAAGUGGAAGAAGAGAAUAGAGGCUGGUGGCUUGAUCGAAUUAGAUGGUGGGGAUAAAGGGGAGUUGCUUGUUAAGAGAAUGUUGUAG